AUGUCGGGAAGACAGCCAAAAUUCAGUCAGACGACUCUGAUCGAUACGACCCCCCUCCCAGCAGACAUCCCGCCCGUCACCGAGAUUGGAACAAGUUCAGCACCUUUGUUGUCUGCCAGCUUCUUUAUCGGAGCAAGAUGCAGGCCCUACAAUGAUGAUUUCAUGCAAUGCAAGGACCAGAAUCCGGGCAGAGGAGAACUGGACUGUUUGAAGGAGGGUAGAAGGGUCACCAGAUGUGCCAAGAGCGUAAUUGGGGCGGAGAUGCAAUGGGAUAGUCCCAUGCAUUGCGCUGCGGAAACUACUACGAGUUUGAGAGGAGGAUGUGGUGUUCCUUAG